CCAGGGCCGUAAAAUAAAUAAUAAAUAAACUAUCAAAAAAACACUGAAAAUUGAAAUGCAAAUGCAAAUACUUAGCCUCUAAAAGAACUAAAAACAGUAAAAUUGGACAUAAAAUGCUAAUAAGUGUAAAUAAGAAAUAUCUUUUUACGUUGUAUUUCUCAAUUUUACGGCCCUGUUUCGCAUUGGCUCAAACAGAUAUGUCUUCGGGCAGUGUGGAUGCCGAUAAAUAUUCAGUGGCAUAUGUAACUGUCCCCAAUAAGGAUGUGGGUAAGACAAUUGGGCACGGCUUAGUGAAGAAUAAGUUAGCUGCUUGUGUUAACAUAGUGCCUGAAGUUACAUCCAUUUAUGAGUGGAAGGGUGAAAUCAAUGAAGACAGCGAGGCUUUACUAAUGAUUAAGACCCGCACAUCCCAAGUUGACAAGCUAACAGAGUAUGUCAGAUCGGUACAUCCCUAUGAAGUGUGUGAGGUGAUAUCCCUGCCCAUCAAGAACGGAAACCCGCCAUAUUUGAAGUGGAUCGGCGAUACCGUGCCUGAGAAAGAUUAGAAUCCUAUGUAAAGUUGCUUUUAAUGAUAUUAUGCUUGUAGAUAGUUAUGUACAGACAGCGAUCGAGAUUAGUGCUAUCCUGAGAAAUGUUAUGCUAGUGGUGCGAUUGGCGAAGGUAAGCUAAGUGUAAAAAAAAAAAAAAACAAGUGAUUAAAAAACCGGCCAAGUGCGAGUCAGACUCGCGCAGCGGGGGUCCGUACUGGGGUAUUUUUUCCGACAUUUUGCACAAUACAUCAAAUACUAUUUAUUAUAGGUACAUAAAAAUAAUUAAAAAUCCGUUUUAAAAUGUACAGGUAAAACCCUUUGUUGUAUUUGUUUGUAUAUUGUGUGGGUCAAAUCUAGUUGAAAGGCACCCUUUAGUUUUGAUGACAAAAUAAUUAUGUAUACCUAUUCAUUCAUUGUAAAUCCAAUAUGGCCGCCGCCACAAAAUGGCGGAUUACAUGCUUUUUAAUAUUGUGCUUAAUAAUUAAUAAUUAUAUAUAUUUUUACCUACAAUCAUACAAUAUCGUUCUUUAUUUAUUAUCUAUGCUCUUACAA